AUGCAGUCCCUUGGAUUCAAGUGUUUGCUGUCUCGCAGGAGCCUGAGCAGGAUAUCAAUCUGUACAAGAGGAAUGAGUAGUGCUAACGGUGGACGAAGUAAUGAUACUGUGCAUAUACAGAGACAGGCACUGAAAGUUGUUGCUGGGCUUGACGGAUGGGGUCAAUUGCAGGCGCAGGAUGUGAAAUUGACCAUGAAUAUGAACACAGAUUUUCGUGCUUCCUCGCAGACGGAUGAUCUGAAGUACUCCUUGAAUUAUGCGGUGAUUUCACGUGGGGUGCAUAGGUUCGUUGAGGGCUGUGGACGGUACCGCUCUCUUGGUCACUUGGCCAGGGAGGUAAAGAAGUUUUCCAUGAAUGAGUAUCCGGGUAUCCAAACUAUAGAGGUGGGUGCGGAGGCGGACGCGGCCCAUUUGCGAUGCGGAAGUCUGGGCGUCGUGGUGAACAGCGAUGGGCAUCGUCCUGAUGAGAUUUUGCUUUCUGGAAUGAAGCUUCUGACACUAAUAGGGGUGUUCACUUUUGAACGGCGUCGGAAGCAGUACGUUGACUUGAAGCUGUCAUUUCCGUGGCCGAAGGAGGCUGGUGAAUUUCCGGAUUGCCAGGAAUUAUUGGACGAUGUUGUGAGCUAUGUAGAGAGAGCGAAUUUUAAAACGGCAGAGUCUCUUGCUGAGAGUGUAGCUCACGUUGUUACCUUGAGAGAGUAUUUUCAGCUGCAUCGUGGGUUACCGGUAAAAGUCAAGGUAAUUAAGCUUAAUGCCAUUACUGAGACUGAGGGAGUUGGUGUGAGCUGUGUAAGAAGUGCGGAUGAAUUUACGGGGAAACCGCCCUUCUGGGAAGAUAUUCCAAACGAUCGAGCAGACGUGUUUAACCUUCCUGUAUUCCAGCAGCCACAUGCAUCUGUCAGUGAGUGGAAUCGUGUGUUUCUGGCGUUUGGAUCUAAUAUAGGGGAUAGGUUUGCUCACAUUGAGCGAAGCUUACGUCUACUUGCGGAAGAUCCUAAAGUUAAACUACUUCGCUCGUCGUCUCUGUUCGAGAGUGAACCAAUGUACUUUAAGGAGCAGUCCCCGUUUAUGAAUGGCGUUGUAGAAGUGCAGACACGGUAUAGCCCGCACGAGUUACUAGAGCUAUGCAAAAGGAUAGAAUAUGAACAUUUAAAACGUGUCAAAGAGUUUGAUAACGGCCCUCGCAGCAUUGAUUUAGAUAUUUUAUUGUACCAAAAUGCAAACUUUGAGCAUGUGGUACUGAACUCCGAGGAUUUAGUUAUUCCUCAUCCAAGGAUGUUGGAGAGAUCGUUUGUUUUAGAGCCUCUCUGUGAAUUGUUGGCUUUCCAUGAAGUGCACCCCAUUUCGGCUGAAUCUGUCCAAAGUCACCUAAAAGAAUUGUACCGUAAGGGGAAUAAGGAAGACAUUCUUGUUAAACUUGUACCUUUGCCGGGUAUUCCGUCAAAUAUACCUACAACGCGAUUUCUGAAGUUUAGACGGGAGUAUGAGGAGGAUCAAUCGACAAGCGAAUUGGUUCUUAGGACCAAGUCAAAUACAUAUGUCAUGGGCAUCGUGAAUGUGACACCUGAUUCUUUUUCUGAUGGAUCUCCUAUGUGGAAUGAUGUUAAUCAUUUCCUCUUAAAAGUACAAAGGAUGAUCCUUGACGUUUUGAAGUUACAUGAAAACGUUAUCAUUGAUAUUGGAGGCUGUUCGACUAGGCCUGGUAGUCAGCAACCAUCAGUGGAAGAAGAACUUAGUCGUACUAUUCCCCUAAUAACAGCGAUCAGGGGUUGCAGAGAUUUUUCGCAAGAGAAUGUGAUCAUAUCUAUAGACACUUACAGAAGUGCUGUUGCUGAAAAGGCCAUAACAGCAGGGGCUGAUAUUGUGAACGAUAUUUCAGGAGGUAGUUUUGAUACAAAUAUGUUUAAGGUUAUCAGCGCGUAUCCGAAUGUUGGUUAUGUGCUAUCACACAUAAGGGGAGAUAUGACUACCAUGACGAGCCUGAAUAAGUAUGAUGAUACAGUUGGUUUGGAUGGCGUUGAAGAAUUCAUUUACGGUAAGAAACAGCACUCAGAACGGACUAAGGUGAUCCGGAACAUUUGUAGGGAACUUGCGGAGCGAUACCAGCUUGCCCUUGCUAGCGGAAUUAAGCGCUGGCAGAUUAUUUUGGAUCCGGGUAUUGGUUUUGCGAAGAAUGCUAAACAGAACUUAGAUAUCAUCAAGCAUACCCCGUCAAUUAAGGGUUAUAGUUGUGUGACACAUGGACAAUUUGUAAAUUUUGCCAACCUUCCUGUGUUGCUUGGGCCUUCCAGGAAGAACUUUAUUGGGACUAUAAUUCAAGAGGCACAGGUCGAGCGAAGGGACUUUGCAACGGGGACUAUUGUAGGCUCCUGUGUUGGUUAUGAUGCGGAUAUCAUCAGGGUACAUGAUGUAACUAACUGUAGCAAAAGUGCUAGGUUAGCGGAUGAGCUUUAUAGGAAAUAG